UCUUUUAUAAAUUUCCAACAAAUUUAAAACUUGCAUUACAUUUGAUUUGAUGGGCAAUCAAGAAAUCGAAAAAUAUACUACCACCCCCUCUUCUGCUCACAGCUAUACCGAGAGUAUCAAAAUAGAAGAGAGAGCUAUCGAUACUUAUGACGAAGAUAAUCAAUCUACCGUAAAUGAGUUUGGUCAUGGAACUGGUAAUUUCAUGACAGCCUUCUUUAAUGUCACAUGUGUUGUCGCUGGUACCGGUACUCUGGGUCUUCCCCACGCAUUCGCACUUGGUGGCUGGCUUGGUAUUCUCAUCAUGAUGCUAGCUUACGCAAUGUCCGUUUACAGCGGUACUGUCUUGAUCCGUUGCUUAUACUAUAAGCCUGGCCAACGUCUUCAUGACUACAAGGCCGUAGGAACUGCUGCCUUUGGCUGGUACGGAAAAACAGCUGCUGCUGUGCUUCACUUCCUCAAUUUGUUUGGUUGUCCUGCUCUUUACCUGGUCUUGGCUGCUGGCAACUUGAAAUACCUCCUUGCCAAUACCAGCGCUGCACUUGACACUACCAAAUGGGCAUGUAUUAUCGGUACUGUAUUGCUUGUUCCUUCAUUGAUUGCCAAAACACUGAAAGAAGUUACUGCGCUUUCUGCUUUGGGCGCCAUCUGUACAAUGAUUGCCGUAUUUGUUGUCGUUAUCGAAGCUCCCAUAGACCGUCAUGCACAUCCUGAAAAAAUUGUCCGAACUGACUCUGUCAUCUGGGCUGGUUUUCCUUCCUCACUUGCUACCAUUGCCUUUUCUUAUGGUGGCAUCAACACUUAUCCUCACGUUGAGCAUGCUUUGAAGAAGCCUCAUCAAUGGAAAUGGGCUGUCUUUGCUGGUAUGACUGCCUGUACUGCCCUCUAUAUGCUCACUGCUAUCCCCGGUUACUGGGCCUAUGGUCGUGAUACUGUAUCUCCUGUUUACAACUCCCUCCCUAAUGGUCCCGGCAGAAUGACUGCAGUGAUUGUAAUGACCAUCCAUGUUAUCCUCGCUAUUCCAAUUUAUACCACUUCAUUCUCACUCGAAAUGGAAAAGUGGGGUAACAUCACCGACGAAAGAGUUGGCAAGUUUAAGGCCUGGAUUGCUCGUGCUGUGAUCCGUACUGCCUGUAUGGCUGUCUUAGUUAUCUUGGCCAUCUUUGUGCCUUUCUUUGACGAUUUUAUGAGUCUGAUCGGUGCAUUGUCCAACUGUGGCCUUGUCUUCCUUCUGCCCGUCCUCUGUUAUCUCAAACUUACUGGCGUCCGUAACAAGCCAUGGUACGAACUCGCAUUCUGUGCGCUCACUCUGUUACUCGGUAUUGUUGGCUGUGUCUUUGGUACGAUUGAUGCUAUCAAGGCCCUUGUUUACGAUUUCCGUAAAUAAUUCUCCCCCUAUAAUAUAUACAUAUACUUUAAAUCAUCUUUACACGCUAUAUAUAGUAAUUUAGAUUCUUAUUAUACUGUAAAUACGAAAG